UAUUACAUGAGAUGGCAACUGUUUUAAAUACGGGUUUAGACAGGAAAACAGUUGGUUAUUGUAUAUCAUUAUGUGAAAAAGGUGCCAAUCCAGAGGCUUUAGCUACAAUCAUUAAAGAUUUACAGAAACAACAAGAAAAUAAAAAGAAAGAAACGAACAAUAAACAGUAAUAUACCCUUUUUUAAAGUCUUUCUUUUUUUGUCUAUUUUUUUUUUUUUUGGUGUCUUUUAUUUAUGAAGCGUGAAGCCAAAGAGGACAACAACAACACUGAAGAGAAUAAAAAGGCAAAGAAAGAGCAUCCUUUUUUCAACAUGAAGAGAGUAAAUAAAGGAGCAAUAAAGUGGAUCAAUGCACUUGACACGGUUCUUAUUGGAAAAACGCAUGGAAAAGAGACAGGAAAAACCAAGAUUGCUGCUUUUGACUUGGAUGGCACAUUGAUAACGACUAAAAGUGGUCGUACCUUUCCAAAAGACGAGCAUGAUUGGCAGUGGUGGUGUCAGGCUGUACCUAAACGUAUUGAGGAACUACAUACAGAGGGAUAUGAAAUAGUCGUAUUUUCAAAUCAAAAUGGCUUGAAUUCAGAUAAAAAGAUCAAGAGUUUCAAAAUAAAGAUUGAAAACAUACUCAACCAGCUCAGUCCACCUGUAUUAUUUAUGGCAGCAUUAGCAAAAGAUAAAUACAGAAAACCAAUGACUGGUAUGUGGCAUUGGUUUGUACAGCAACAUGAUCAAAAGAUAGAUAAAGAUGCGUGCUUUUAUAUUGGCGAUGCUGCAGGCAGAGAUCGGAAGCCAAAGAAGGAUCAUUCAUGUGCUGAUAGAAAGUUUGCAGAUAAUCUUCAAAUCGCCUUUCAUACACCUGAAGAGUUCUUUUUGAAUGAACCAAAAGCGGAUUUUGAAUGGUUGGGAUUUAAUGCAAAAGAGCAUCCAAGAGACUUACCUCUCUUGUCACCAUCCUUGCCCUCAUUUCCUGCAACUGAAAAGAAUGAAGUUGUGAUAUGCGUUGGGUAUCCAGCAAGUGGGAAAUCUAGUUUUGUUAAAAAACACCUUGUGCCUAAAGGAUAUGUCUAUGUCAAUCAAGAUGAAUUGAAAACAAGGGACAAGUGUAUCAAGACAUGUCAAGCGGCUUUAGCCAAUGAAAAGUCAGUAGUUAUUGAUAAUACAAAUCCUGAGAAAUCAACGCGUCAACUGUAUAUCCAACUCGCUCAGAAGGCAGGCGUGCCUGUUCGAUGCCUUUAUUUUGGACAAGAUGAAAAUUUAGCACAGCAUAAUAACCACUAUAGAGCAAUUCAUGAAUCGAGUCGAGAUCUUAUUAGUAAAAUCGUGUUUAGAACAUUUAAAUCGAAAUUUCAGGAACCUACGAUGAAAGAAGGCUUUACAGAAAUACAACGUGUCAACUUUGUAUUUGAUGGGUCAGACAAAGACUAUGAAGAAUGGAGGAAAUGGUGGAUUUAGAAAGCAAAACAUUAGAAUAAAUCAUUCAUUUUUUAAGUGUAUGUACAAGCAACAUAUUUUAUUAGUGAUAAUAGUAGA